CCACACUGUCUGACAUGACCAUGUAUGAGAUGAACUUCUCCCUGCUGGUUGAGGACACGCUGAAAAACAUUGUCCUGCCUGAGUACAGACAAAUCAUAGUAGAGCUGCUGAUGGUGGUGUCCAUAGUGCUGGAGAGAAACCCGGAGCUGGAGUUCAGCGACAAGGUGGAUCUGGAUGGUUUGGUGAAGGAAGCCUUCAAUGAUUUCCAGAGGGAUUGCAGCCGCUUUGAAGGAAUCGAGAAACGGGUAGAGUGACUUCACUCCAACCUUUUAAGUUACAGUUUUGCUGAA